ACUGGUCACUCAGAUUAGUAUUGAUUUUUAAUUUGUGCGAAUACGGAAUAUUCUAAGUUGUUUGUUGCGCAAUAUUGAAAACAACCAAGUACAAACACAACAUCCAUUGGACAAUCCAAAUUCUCUUACUAACUUUUUAUUUUAACCAAUUUUAAACCCACUUAAAGAAUAUGAAUACGUUUAUGGACAAAAUCAAAUCAAUAUUUGGAUUAAAACCAGAACCGCCUAGAAACGAUUUUAGAAACCCUAUUUGGGGUUCAGACGAUGAUGAUGAUGAAGACGAAUUAUAUUCGAGGCAACAAUUGGACAUAUAUCAAGAUCCUCUUCAAUUACAACAAGAAUUUGCCAAACAUAUGCACGAAAUGUUUAAAACGUUCGGUAGUGUGUUUGGUGACAUGAAGUCAUUUUUCGAUGACGAUUCUUUUAAAACCUUCCAGACUGUACCAGAUCUACAUACAUUCGAUUCCCAAUCUCAGACAGAGGAUGCCGAUAGCAAUCGUAUAAGAGACUACUAUUUGAAACCUGGCUAUCAUCAUAAACAUCAUCCAAAGGAGGAUAUAGAUUUAGAUGGAAAAAUAUCCUCAAAUGAUAUCUCAGACUUAUUUAAAAAGAAGCCAGAGAGUCAUAUAGUACCUGCAACUCCUUUUAAUGGAAAUAUGGUGCCUGGUAGGUCAUUUUGUCAAACAAUUAUAACAACAAGUGUUACAAAGCCUGAUGGCACAAUAGAAACUAAAAGGAUAGUUAAAAAUGGCAAUGAAGUGGUAGAAGAGACCAUAACAUCGACAGAACCAACUUCGAAAGGUCCUUACCCUGGAUUUAAUCCAAUAGACACAACAAAUAUCAUGUUUUCGCAACUCUCAUCGUUACUAAGAAAUUUUUACUAAAAUUAUAGAAUACAUACAAGGUCAUAUAUUUAUAGUAAAAAGUAGAAGUUACCCUAAAAACUUUGUUAAGAUACCAUCCUUGUAACUAAUCUGUCCUUUGUAUUUAUACUUUAAACUUAGUUUGUUUUUUAUAGUCGGACUUACCAAAUAAAACUCCAUCUGAAAAAUGUU